AUGUACAGAACUCUUCCGCGAUUCGUCCGAUCGCAAGGAAAUUUCCUCAAAACCCUCUUCGACAAAAAGCCAGCCGCCAAAAAUCUAACAGCCGAAGAGCAGGAAAAACUCCGCCAAACGCUGCCAAGUAUUCGCGCGAAAGAAUCGCAACACGUCGCAGCUCGCAGCGAUUUCAUGGAUGAAAGCGAUGAGUUGGAAGUAUCGCGAUUUGAUGAGGAUGCGAUUCGCGCUCGCGGUUUCUUGAAAUAUCAACAAAGUUAUUCGCCGAGCGAAAAUGUGGGGAAAUUGGUGGAGAGUUUGGCGAAAGAUGUGGAUUUUUCGAAAAAUGAGCAGAAAUUCGAAUUUUUGGUGAGAGUCGGCGAAGAAAUUGGACAUUGGCCAACGAAUUCGAAAUUGGCGAAAUUUGAAAAUAUUCAAGAUGUUGUGGAAUUCUACGAGACACCUGUGAAGAAUCUCACAAAAUAUCAAGAGUAAGAUUUUUCCAGAUAUAUUGAAUUGAAACAUGUAAUUAAUUUUAAUGGGGUAUUUGAAUUUAUUUCCAAAAAAUUUUGAAACGUAUUUUUUCCGGGAAAAUUUUGGGCACACUUGACGAGACGUGUCUAAAAGGGACACUGUACAAAAAUUUUCGAAAGCCACACUGUAUAUUUUUUUAGGAAAAAGUGUAGUUUUCAUUGACUUUCAGCGGAUUUUGAUUAAAAUUUUCAUAAGAAUUCAAAAUUUCACGCUGUACAAUUUUUUUUGCAAAAAUUCCACACUGCACAAUAAUUUAGGGACACUCUCGCCAGGUGUGAUUUUGGGUAAUAAUAUGCUUUAAAAUACAAAACAAUUUUCAUAUUUUCAGUAAGAACUCCAAUUUUCAGACUAUGAGCAAUGGGCCGAUUUUUCAAAGUCUUGAAGCUAAUUAAAAAAACUUUUUAAAAAAUCAUCAUGUGAAUUUCAGGUCAUUUUUGAUCAAAAAACAUGAUUAUUGGCCAGAAAACAUGAUUUUUGGACAGGAAACAUGAUUUUUAGCCAAAAAACAUGAUUUAUCACCAGAAAACAUGAAGAUUUUUUUUUUAAUUUUUAAAAAAUUUUCUAAUUAUUUUUAUUCGACUCGAAUCACCCCAUAAUAAUCUGAAAAAUUAGAGUUCUUACUGAAAAUUUGAAAAAAAUUUUUUUUUCUUUUUCCACCUUCUGACAAAAAAAACUUUGACAUUUUCUGAAUUACUGAAAAUAUGAAAAUUGUUUUGUAUUUAAUUUCAAAGAAUUUUUCCCGGAAAAAAUACGUUUCAAAAUUGAUUUGAAAAAAAUUCAGAUUUUUUAAAAUAAUUCUCUUUUUCCACUUUCUGAAAAAAACCUUUGACAUUUUUCUGAAUUACUGAAAAUAUGAAAAUUGUUUUGUAUUUUAUUUCAAAUAAUUUUUCCCGAAAAAAUACGUUUCAAAAUUGAUUUGAAAAAAAUUCAGAUUUUUUUUGAAUAGUCAAUAGAUUCGAAGGUUGACAAACCAAUUUUAAUUGCAGAUUAGCUCGCGAUGAAUCCAAGCCACAAAACAUCUCAAUAAUCGAAAAUGCCGUGCGUUUCCACCCCGAAGACACUCAUCUCCAUCACGGCGGAAUCACCGCGUUUCCGGGAACCGGCGGCGAAGUUUUGUCGCUGCGUCAAAAGCGAAUUUUGCGACAAUUCCAGCCGAAAAACGAGUGGUUCGAUUAUGAUGAUCAGACUUUUGAUUACACAAGACCAGAUAAGGAUAUGCCGUGGGAUGCUGAGGUCGCAAAUCAGAUGGAUAGGUGAGGAAUUCUGUUUUUUUAAUCCGGGUUUUCGAUCGUUUUUUGUGACCAGGGCGAAAAUUAGAGACUUUUUUUCAUGGAAAAGCUUAUCUUUUAAUUUUCGACAACAAAAAAUAUUUUAUCAACUCGCAAAAAUUCGACUUGACCACAAUGUUAAUUAACAAGGGAGACCAGUUGAUUUUUUGAUAAUAAUCACUAAAUUUUCUUGGAAAAAUAAGUUAUGACGUGGAAAAAUUGAUUUUGAGUGAAAUUUUUAAAAUUUGAAGUUCCAAGAAAUCUCUCUUGAAACUUUAAAAAAUUUUUCGGAAAAUUGGAAUUUUGAAUAAAAAAUUUUAUUAUGACGUGGCAAAUUGGAUAUUUGAAAAAAAAACUUUGAAAAUUCUUUAAAACUUUAUUGGAAUGAGUUAUGACGUGGCAAAAAUUGAUUUUUAAAAAUUAGCUGAAAAUUUGAAUUUUCCUAGAAAUCUUGAAAUUGAAAAAAAAAGUUUUUGAGAAAAUCUUGUGUUUUUUAAAUUUCAAAUUGCCCCCAAGUCCCUUCUGCAAAUACUUUUGGCUACAGUAGGCUUCAAUUAUAUUAUUUUUUCCAGAUAUACGGAUAAACGAUACAAUUUGAAGACGAAACAGUUCACCAGAAUUCGACAAUAA